AUGAUUCGCGGUCUUCAGGCGUACCUCCACGACCGCGGUCUCACGCAGACGUGUCCGCUCUCGGCGCUCAAGGACACGCGCCUGGGCAUCGACGUCUCCUUCUACCUCAAGCAGUUGCUCUCGUCGCCGUCCACAUCCGAGCCGCUCGUCGCAGCGCUCGGAGGCGCGCCCAUCGCACUCAUCUCGCACAUCGAAAACGACCUGCGUGCGCUCGAAAAGGCGCGCAUCAAGCCCGUAUUCGUGCUCAACGGCAUCCCGCCCAACAAGCGCGCACGCCCCUUCUCCUACGAGGACCCCAAGGUCAAGCAGCGCCACCGCGCCUGGGAGGCGUACGAGAACGGUGACGUCGACGCCACACACUCGCUCCUCUCCGCAAGCAACUCGCUCCACCAUCCGGACCUCUACCGCCUCAUCCUGCGCGCGUUUCGACAUCGAAACGUCGAGUUCCUUGUCGCUCCCUACCUCGCGUCUGGACAGCUGGUGUCGCUCGAACGCCACUCCAAGGCGUACGUCCACUCGAUCUACGGCGCGUCCGAGAUCCUGCUCUUUGACCGCGUCGAUCGCCUCAUCACCUCGCUCAACCUCGCCGAGUCGACGUUCCAGUUUGUGAGCAAGCAGGCGAUCCUCAACGAGCUCAGGUGCAACGAGGAGCAGUUCCUCGACGUCGGUCUGCUUGCAGGCAGCGACCUGUGCGCCACCUUCCCGGCGCUCCAGGACUCGAGUCUGGGCGCUCCGCCACCGCACGCAGGUGCACCGCCCAAUUUGCGCCAGAUCAACGAGCUGGUCAAGCAGUACAAGGGCGGCUACUCGCUCGUCGCCGCAUUCGAGGCGCAUCCCACCGUGCAAAAGAUCAACUACCUCGACCAGUUUUGCAAGGCCAGGACUACGGUCAAGUUCUGCCUCGUGCUGUCGGCCGAGGAGGGGCGCGUGCUGCCGCUGCCGCUCGCUACGCCGGCGCCGCCGCAGCCGCCGCAGCCGCCUGCGUCGGUCGCUUCGGCGCCCGCGCACGUCGCACUGGCCGGCGCGGGCCCAGCAGCGGGGGGUGCACCCGUGGGCGCGGCCAAUGGCGGCGCGCACAUUGUGACGGCGGCGGACGUGCCCGUGGACCUGCACGAGGUGUUUUCGCAUCGGCUGCCGGACGAGGUGUUUGUGCAUCUAUCGCGCGGCCUGGUGGGUGCGCAGGUGCUGGCGAGCCUCACGUCGGGCCACGUGGUCGAGGCGCCGCCUCUGGACAAUGGCGAGACGGAGGACUAUCGGCGGUACGUGCGCGAGACGCUCACCGAGACGCCGCAGUCGCCGCGCUGCGUAGCGGUAGCACUGGCAGCAUCGGUACUCAACGGUUUCUGGUCAUCGCGCAAGUUGUCGGCGAUCUAUUACUUUGCGCCGUCGGCGGACCAUGGUGUGCCGCAUGAUUCGGCGCAGACGCUGCAGCUCAUCAACCGCGUGAACCAGUGGAACGUGUCGAACCGGUUCAUCGAGGAGGAGCUGCGGAGGCAGAACUCGUCGACGAUCGAUAUUGCGCUGUGUCUGGGCGCGACCACGUCGGACCAGUUGGCGAGCAGGACCAAGACGCCGAGGGUCAAGAUGCCUGACGGGGCGUUGUCGACGCUGGAGAAGAAGGACGAGAUUGUGGCCAAUGCGAUCUGGAGGAUGCUGGAGUUGAGGGGGUUUUUGAACCAUGCGCAUCUGCAUACGCCGUAUGCGCGUGCGCUGUAUUUGGCGCUCAAGCAGACCAGGCUCAACGAUAAGCUGCAGGAGCCGCUGUAUCUCGCGCUGGAGCUGCUGCGAGGCGGAGUGCUGCAUGCGAACUACUUUGGGGGGCGCAGCUAUUCGGGUGGACCGUCGUUUGGGAGCGAGGCGGAGAAGAGGCACAUGUUGCUGGUGAUGCGCACGGUGUCGUUGCUGCCCUUGACGUUUAGGCCGGCACAGUGGACGGCGCCGUUGAGCAGGGAACUGCUCGUGUUCAACUCGUUCGUCAAGGCCACUGCGAGAUCGAUGCGGGGUUUGGUCGAGAUGAUCAGCAUGGCGCUACUGCUGCGCGGCGAUGCACGCCGUGGUCGAGACGAUUAUUUGGACAUUGCACUCUCACUGCCCUUCCAGACCGACGUCAACACGGGCAUGGGCAUUGUGCUCAAGUGCUUCCUCGACGGUCUACUCGCCUUCCAUGACGGACCCAUCGUCGCCGAGAAUGUCGAUAGUCCAGACGUGGUAGAGGCCAAACAGAGCGUUCUGGGCAUGCUCGACGAGACUUUCACGAACGUCAAGCAGGUCAGCGCAGAGUUGGCUAGGGCGUUUAGGUUUUGGACCGCAGUCAUGGUGGCGGUGGAUACGCUGGAUGCGGAGAAUGCAAUCUCCAAGGAGGUGGUGGCGCAGUUUAGGGAUGCGGAUAGGUGGUUGAUGCCCAUGGCCAAGAUGCCCUAG